UCCCCUUCUUUCUCCCUCUCUCUACCUGUUCUUCUUAAAAGAUCACUGUGUUCUCAUCUUUUCUAAUCGAGACCCUAAUUAAUCUCAAACCCUAACCCUAGCAGAGAUCAACCCAGUGCGAUUGCAGGAGAGUAGAUGCGAUCCCGUUGCGGGAACUAGUUGGAUCCAGACGCAGGAGAGAUAAAUUUGGGGGAGUAAUUUUUCUAGGGUUUUCUGUGAUGAAGGAUCCCUUGGAUAAAACGAAGGUCGUGCUUCGGCACUUGCCGCCUUCGAUCUCGCAGUCGGCGUUAAUGGAUCAGAUUGAUGCUAGAUUCUCCGGCCGCUACAAUUGGUUCUCGUUUCGCCCUGGGAAAUAUAGCCAGAAGAAUCAGCGGUUUUCACGAGCCUACAUUGAUUUCCAGAGCCCCGAAGACGUUGUAGAUUUUGCUGAAUUUUUUGAUGGACAUGUAUUUGUCAACGAAAAAGGUACUCAGUUUAAGGCUCUUGUAGAGUAUGCACCAUCACAACAUGUUCCAAAAGUAUUAUCUAAGAAGGAUGGUCGUGAAGGAACUAUAUUCAAAGAUCCUGAAUAUGUGGAAUUCCUUGAGUUCAUUUCAAAACCUGUUGAGAAUCUUCCCAGUGCUGAGAUUCAGUUGGAAAGGAGAGAAGCAGAGAGAGCUGGCGGACCAAAGGAAUCUGUCAUAACAACACCUCUGAUGGAUUUUAUUCGCCAGAAACGUGCAAUUAAGAGUGGGUCUCAGAGAUCAUCAUCCAGUGGAAAACUUAGUAGAAGAGCUGGAGGAGCUCUGAGUAGCAGCUCCAUUUCUUCCAAGCGAGGUGCUGAGAAGAGAAGAGGCCUCACUUCAAUGUAUGUUUUAAGGGAUAACGGGAAGACUAAUAGUAAUGUGAAGGACAAGGCGGGAUAUACGCUAGUGUCAAGGAAAGAGGGACAAGCUUGCAGAAGAGAAGUAUCAGAAGAGGCUAUGGACUCGAAUGAGUCCACACCCAUUGUAUCUGGAAGUGUUGAAAUUGGGAAAAGGCGAGUUGUGCUUCUUAAAGGAAAAGAAAGAGAAGCUUCUCAUGUUUCUGGUAGUUCAUCACAGCAGCAGAGUGCAACAGCUUUGGUAAGAAACUUAAAUGGCUCAAUUUCUUCUAAACAGAGCCAACGGCAGGAGGCCAGCGGAAGAAUUAUUCGAAGCAUACUUUCCAACAAAGGUACGCAUCAGAGUCGAUCAUAUGUGGGAAGUCAGUCUGAGCAGCAAACACAGGCAGUGAACUCUGAGAGAGAGAAGCGUCCCCCUCGUCCUCCUAAUCCUCGUUUAAAUUUUAAGGAUCAUGUUAUAGGUAGUGCAAAACAGUUGUCUUCCCCUGAUGUUGAUGGAAAGAGAAUGAUAGAUGAUAAAUCUGCUAUGAGUAAUCUACAUGGUUCAGUAUCUAUAGUUGACAAGAAUGAUAGGCGUGUGAGAAACAAAGACAGGCCUGAUCGUGGUGUUUGGACCCCUCGUCAUUCUGAUGGAGUCCACGUUAACAAUGACAAUUCUUUUUCUGCACAGCAGUUAUCAGAUGCCCUGGAAGGAAUCUCUCAACAAACACUUGGACAUAAAAACAGGGAUGAAGACAUGGAUAUUCAAACUGCUCAAAGAGCGUGUGUCAGUAAUUCUAUGGCUGCAUAUGACGAUUCAAUGACUCACGGAGAGAUGAAACUGGAUCUGCAAAAUUCAAAUAGAAGGGCAGAGAAUGGUUUAUAUAGGCAUAUUGGGCGUCGUGGAUCAGGACAUGGUAUGAAGGAUAUGGAUGGCUCUGUUAAUUUUUCUGAGGGAAAGCCGUGCAAGAGAGGGAUUUCUGCAGGUUAUGGUUCCCAUGAGAAACAAGUAUGGGUUCAAAAGUCAGGUUCUGGUUCGUAGUUCUUUAGUUGUGGAUGCAUUUUACCAGAACAGUGAUAAAAAUUUUGGUUCGGGCUUCAUCCCCUUAUCAAUUUUGGAUCCUUGAUGUUGAUACGGUGCCUCAAUAGCAUGACUCCUUGAUGGAUUGGUAUUCGAGAAGCAUAUGGCACUGCCAUGUCCUUGCCUUCCAAAUCUUCCAAGUUGUGAAAUAAGUGCAGUGUAAAUUAUUCGCUACUAGCAGAUGAACAGAUACCUGGUAACUCUUUACAAGUUCAGAAGGACAUAUCUAGCAAGAUGGAAAUAUACAGAAAUGGUGAGGGCGCAAAUUUUUACCUUGGUAUAGGAUGUUUCCUCUUUAACCCAGAACCAGAAGGUACUGUGGAGAAAUACAGAAUGUUAUUGGAUUUCUCAAUGCUGCUUCAGGGAAAUCUUGAUGGGAAAACCUCCCAUGAGGUAUACAAGUUUGGGUGUGGUCACUUGCUUCUCUAAGUGUAUGAUGAGUUUAGAGUUUUCUAUUUUGUAAUGGUUGUGAAUAUGGCAGUUACUGCUGUCUCCUGCUGUUAAUAGAUCUAAUGAUCAUAGUAUGUAGACUUAUUAUACUAAACCGAAAAGGCUUCUGCAUAAAAGGAUGUGUUGUUCCUUUUGGGUGUUCAGUGGUAUGCUGAGCUGGCUGCUUGUGGGUCAGCCGGCUGACUGAUGACGAUGGAAAUUGUGGGAAAAUAGGCAAGCUGGGUAUGUAGUGUUUUCUGUGUAUUAGUGACCUUAACUGAUGCUUUUAUGAUAUAUAAUAUCAGAUUACAUAUUGUUUCG